AUGGACUACUACCAAUCGAUUGACCAGCAGAUUUCCCAGUUCUGCGAGAAGAUCAGGGAGAAACCCAGCUGGCCGUUCAAGGUACUCGAUGAAUCCAAAGAACUCGCGAUAAAAUGGGCAAUGGAGGCACAGCUGCUAGCCAGCGAGGACGAAAUGAAAGACGACGGCCUUCCCGUCGUCCAAGCAAUCCAUGAUCUCAAGGCCGAAGCCAGACGAAUUAUAACGCUGGAUUACGAACUGCGGUUCGAGGUGCAGGAGCCGCUGCAGGAAGGUGUUUCGUUCGACAAGAUCGACCACGAUGUCACAAAUGCGCUCAAGUUCGCGAGGGAAUCGAAGUACUACAUCGCCCAACCACAGCUCAAGGAGAAGGUCGGGGUGUUCGUGACGGACGACCUGGUCCCGGCAUCGUUGCAAUCCGAGUUAUUGCGGUCGCUUGGCGUUCUAGCCCAGAAGGAACCCAAAGACAUGCAUCCUGGAAGCGGAGGAAAGGUCCAGGAUUUGAUCCAUCCGUCUCUGUAUCCGUACAAAGGAGCCAUCUCACCGGUCCACCCAGGCGUCACCCUCCCUCGCUUGGACAACGGAGUGUUCAAAACGAAACAGAGUACCUUCACCGAUUACACCUUCGAGUCACGCUACGCCUGGGUUCCCUCCGUCUUCCACAUAUCCGAGGACGGGCUGGAUAUUUCAGUCAAAUCAUAUAUCAACGGUUUGGGACCUCGAGAGUGA